AUGAAAUCGGCCGUGCUCCUUCUGCUUCCGCUCGCUGCUGCCUUGAUCGAUCCGGAUUUGGAAUGCUGGAAAACCGCCGAUUGUCGAAAAGGGCGCUUUGCGGGAAAGCACAUGUACUGCGGCGUCUUCGCAAAGAGCGAGGAUAUCCUAUACAAUCAAUGCACUAAACUGAAGGAAAACGAAUGUAUCGAUCUUACUGACUGCCCAAGCGAAGACGAUACAUGCAUCCAUCGCUAUUUCGAUAAGCUUCCCGGCAAAUGUGCCCCCUGGGGCACACCUGAUGAUGCGCCUGAUGACUAUCCCCUU